AUGUCUAACAAUAGACGCAGCAACAACAACCCUUAUGUUCAUAUUUUUCCUCCUCCGACCAAUCAUCCAAACCCAAUGGAUACCGUAUAUGGUGCAUUAAACCACUGCAGCAGGAAGGUUGGGGAUGCAACUCGACGAGCUGAGAUCAUGGCUGAUAAUUUCUGGAAUCAUAUCAGAAUGGGUUCUAGUCUUGCUGAUGCAGCAGUAGCUAGAAUUGUUCAAGGAACAAAGGUGCUUGCACUAGGAGGGCCUGAGGCAUUAUUUCAAGAAUCAUUCAGACUUUUCCCAGGAGAGAAGCUCAUAAAGUCCUUUGCUUGCUACUUAUCAACAUCCUCUGGACCUGUGAUUGGAACUCUUUAUGUAUCAAAUUUAAGAUUAGCCUUUUGCAGCGACUAUCCACUGUGCCAUUAUCCAUUCUCCCUGCAACAAAACCAGACUGUGCAUUACAAGGUCGUGGUGCAAUUGGAUCAGUUAAGCACGGUUAGUCCAUCCUCAAAUAGAUUUAACCCUGCAGAAAAAUACAUCGAGCUUGUAACAGUGGAUGGCUAUGAAUUCUAUUUGAUGGGGUUUAUAGCAUAUGACAAGGCUCUCCAGACUAUAAGAGAGGCUUUACAGCAAUAUCUCAACCAGUCCAGAGAAGCUUGA